GUUAUCACAACUCGUGGCCACUACUCUCUAGAAGAAGAGAAGUUAAAGGCUGAGGAGGAGAGGGCUCGAGCCGUUGCUGAGAAACACAAAGAAGGGGUUAGGAAGGAGGUUGUCGUACUCCGACAAGAGCUGGAAGAGAUUAAGUCAGAUUUCUAUAAGAAGGUAGAGGAAGCCAAUCUACAGCCAUUGAGUGUGAAGGAGGCAACCACCUUAUUCACUGUUGAUGAUGAGUAUGUACAUAGUCUACGACGAGAUAUAGAUGCCACUGUGGAAGGGGUGAGGGUAGAGAUGGCCUAUGAUAUUGAGAAGAGCUUAUUGGGUGUAUCGAAGUUGAAGGAACACUUCCUAAAGGGACUAGAGUGUGAUCAGUCAAUACAGGUCUCGUCCUUUGGAUCUCACUUAGCUCGUGUUGGUACAUUCCGUCUACAGAUCCUUCCUAAACAGUUCCAUCAUGAACUAGCUCGAUUAAGGGGGAUGCUAGAGAGCAGUGAGGAAACUGAAGAGAAGUAUACCGAUGAUGAAGAGCAGGAACAGCAGCAGCAGAAGGGACUGCUUACAGCUGUGCUGAAAAGGGAGAUGAGGAGGGCUAAACGGGAAGAGCGUAGGAGGCGAUUACAGGAGGUUAGAGAUGCAAGACCUGAUGAUAAUAUAGAUGAUGAGAAGGAUGUGGAGGCUAUUGAGGAGGCUAAGGCCAGUAUCGGUAACCAUAUCCUCAAGUUAAGUCCACAGUAUAAACUACCAGAGAGGAUGAAUACUGAUAGUAAGAUGAGGCAGAUGCUAUUCUUAGAAGAGGCUGUACAUAGUAUUAAGACUAACUUCAAUGCACAGGUAGCUACUGCUGAUGAGGAGAGGACA